AUGCUGUCCUCGAGAUUAUCACGGACUUUCGCGCCGCGCGUGGCCUCUGCUGCCCGCCGCACUCCCAUCAAUGCGCGCCCCUUCAGCUCCACAUUCGCCCGCCGCGAGGAGGAGAAGGUCAAGGGCUCCGUCAUCGGUAUUGAUCUGGGCACAACCAACUCGGCCGUCGCCGUCAUGGAGGGCAAGGUCCCUCGCAUCAUCGAAAACUCUGAGGGUGGCCGCACAACACCUUCCGUCGUCGGUUUCACAAAGGAGGGCGAGCGUCUCGUCGGUAUCGCCGCCAAGCGCCAGGCCGUCGUCAACCCCGAGAACACGCUCUUCGCGACCAAGCGUCUGAUCGGCCGCAAGUUCACCGAUGCCGAGGUCCAGAAGGACAUCCAGCAGGUUCCCUACAAGAUCGUCCAGCACACCAACGGUGAUGCCUGGCUCGAGGCCCAGGGCCAGAAGUACUCGCCCUCGCAGGUCGGUGGCUUCGUCCUCGGCAAGAUGAAGGAGACCGCCGAGUCCUACAUGGGCAAGAACGUCAAGAACGCCGUCGUCACCGUCCCCGCCUACUUCAACGACUCCCAGCGUCAGGCCACCAAGGACGCCGGUAUGAUUGCCGGUCUCAACGUCCUCCGUGUCGUCAACGAGCCCACCGCCGCCGCCCUUGCCUACGGUCUGGACAAGGCCACUGACAACGUUGUCGCUGUCUACGAUCUCGGUGGUGGUACCUUCGAUAUCUCCAUCCUCGAGAUCCAGAACGGUGUCUUCGAGGUCAAGUCGACCAACGGUGACACCCAUCUCGGUGGUGAGGACUUCGACAUCACCCUCGUCCGCCACCUCGUCCAGCAGUUCAAGAAGGAGCAGAACAUCGACCUCAACAACGACCGCAUGGCCAUCCAGCGUAUCCGUGAGGCCGCUGAGAAGGCCAAGAUUGAGCUGUCGUCGUCGUCGCAGACCGACAUUAACCUGCCCUUCAUCACCGCCGACGCUUCCGGCCCCAAGCACAUCAACCAGAAGCUCACCCGCGCUCAGCUCGAGAAGAUGAUGGAUCCUCUCAUCUCCAAGACCAUCGACCCUGUCCGCAAGGCCCUCAAGGACGCCAACCUGACUGCCAAGGAGAUCUCCGAGGUCAUUCUCGUUGGUGGCAUGACCCGCAUGCCCAAGUCGGUCAACCCCGAUGAGGCUGUCGCCAUCGGUGCUGCGAUCCAGGGUGCCGUCCUUGCCGGUGAGGUCACCGACCUCCUCCUGCUCGAUGUCACUCCCCUGUCUCUCGGUAUCGAGACCCUCGGUGGUGUCUUCACCCGUCUGAUCAACCGCAACACCACCAUCCCCACCAAGAAGUCCCAGGUCUUCUCCACCGCCGCUGACUUCCAGUCGGCUGUCGAGAUCAAGGUCUACCAGGGUGAGCGUGAGCUUGUCCGCGACAACAAGCUGUUGGGCAACUUCCAGCUUGUCGGCAUUCCUCCGGCCCACCGCGGUGUGCCCCAGGUCGAGGUCACCUUCGACAUUGACGCCGACUCCAUCGUCCACGUCCACGCCAAGGACAAGUCCACCAACAAGGACCAGUCCAUCACCAUUGCCUCCGGCUCUGGUCUCUCCGACUCUGAGAUCGAGUCCAUGGUCCAGGACUCUGAGCGUUACGCCGAGCAGGACAAGGAGCGCAAGAACGCCAUUGAGGCCGCCAACCGCGCCGACUCGGUCGUCAACGACACCGAGAAGGCCCUCAAGGAGUUCGAGGACCGCCUCGACAAGACCGAGGCCGAGAAGAUCAAGGAGAAGAUCACCGCCAUGCGUGAGUUCAUCGCCCAGUCCCAGUCUGGCGAGGGCACUGCCACCGCCGCUGAGAUCAAGGAGAAGACCGACGAGCUCCAGAACGCCUCCCUGAGCCUCUUCGACCAGAUGCACAAGGCCCGCAACGAGAGCCAGAACCAGGAGCAGAAGCCCGAGGGUGAGGCCGAGGGUGAGAAGAAGCAGUAA